AUGGCCACGAAAGAAAGUCACACUAUGGAUGGAAUCGAGAAUAGCUUAGGCGAACCUGAUGUGAAAAUCAUUCUACUCGGCGAUUCGGCUGCAGGCAAGUCGAAAUUAGUCGAACGCUUUAUGAUGAAUGAAUACGAACCACGUCAGCUAUCGACAUUUGCAUUAACGCUAUAUCGGAAAGAUGUAGAGGUGAUUGGCGAAAAUGGAAAGCGUAUAGUGAAAGUAGAUCUAUGGGAUACAGCUGGACAAGAACGAUUCUCGAGUAUGCAUCCAUCGUUUUAUUAUGGAGCAACAGCAUGCAUCUUAGUAUUUGAUGUUACGCGAAAAGUAACGUAUCAAAACUUAGCGAAUUGGUACAAGGAGCUUCGCGAGUACUGCGAAAACAUUCCGUGCUUUCUAGUUGCUAACAAGAUUGAUGUCGAUAUGAACGUGACGAGCAAAAAGUUUAAAUUUGCUGAAACGCAUGACCUUAACUUCAGCUUUGUCUCGGCUGCGGACGGUACAAAUGUAGUCAAGGUAUUUAAUGAAGCUAUUGAAGCUGCUUGGAAAUUUAAACAGGAGGGUGGUGAUUUUAUGUCGGACGUACUUGACCUACUUGGAGGAAAAUCACAAUAG